AAAGCCGGCGUCAGAGCGGCCCCGCGGCGCUCGGCCGAGCCCUGGGAGCCCUGUCCUGCGGCACCCGCAAACGCCUGUGCCCCAAAGCACCUCGUGGUCCCCCAGCUCCCUCGGACCUGGCAGAGGGACACAGGCACCUGCGCGCUCCCACUGACCCCAGUUCCCUUCCUACUCAGCUCUCCUGUCCCUUUCCCCCGUUCCCUCACAAGGUGCUCCAGGGGACCACGCAGGCCAGGGGUGAUGUUCCACCUCCCACAGCCAAGUGUCUCCACGUGGGAGAAGCAAAACCAGCGGUUUCCAGCAGCACAGGCACGUGCAGAAGCACCUGCUGCCGUGCCACCGAGCCACCUGCCCUCACCAGUCACCCAAAGCCCCGACACUGGCACUGCGGGCACAUUUGAUGGCUGACGGUGACCAUCAGUGUCGCUGGUCACUGCCCCACUGGCUGCCCGUGCUGGGCCAGGUCAUGGCAGCCAGCUCUAAGGCAUUGCAAGUGACCUCAGGUACAGAGAGCUCUGAAAGAACAGAGAGCCUUUCCUACAAAAUUAAGAUUUAAAACUGCCUCCCCAGAAACGCAAAGGACUGGAAAGGACAUGACUGCUUUCCAUGGAUGUAUAAGGGGCAGAAACCCCAGAGCUAAGCUGAGAGAACACAGCCAGAACAACAAAACUAGACAGGAAAAAGUUGAAGCUGAAAAUUAGAAGGUUUCUAGUCAUUAGGUGCUGGAAAAGCUUUCCAAAAUGAGCAAAGAGGACAUGAAAAAAGGAGCUGCCACGAUGGGCUUUGAUCAGCUCAUGAAAUAACAACGUGACUGUAACAGUCAUAGCAACUGGGCCUUGUAGGCCAACUCCCCACUGCCCCCGAUUCCUAGAAAUAUUAUUGUAACUCCCCAGCUCCUUCCCAGAGAGCAGUUUCUGGACUAAGCUGGCAUGCAGGGCUUUGUCCUGACCCUCUGUGACCCUGCCAGCUCCCACCUGUCCUGUCCCACCCAUGGCUGUGGGCACUGCUCUCCUCAGGACAGAGAGGGAGAAGCACAGCCCUGUGCUGUUCUGGGAAGUACCCAGUGUCACCUCUGCUGAGAGCACUGUCCCCAAAGGACACCUCUGGCAUGAACCAGAAGGAUGUCAGGGCAGCAGCUGGCACGUGCCUGCAGGAAGAGGAAGGAGGAGAGGGACCUGGGCAAUGGCUGCUGAGCACAGGACAGGGCACCAAGCAGGAAAGGUGACAAAUUCACCACACAGGUGCACAGCCCCUAAGGGAGUGCAGGCUCAGACACCCCCAGAUGGAUCCUCAAAGAGUCAUCAAAAGCAAUCACACAAAAGAAUCACCACAUUAGAGCAGUGUGACCAAACCUGGCAACCAAUCUGCAGAAGAAAUGGAGAUUACAAAGGGCUGUCUCAGCACAUCUCUUGUAGGAAAGGGCCAAGUGGCUGCAGGAAGCUUGAAGGAGGUGUUGUGGGAAUAUGCAGCACUCAUUAUGGGACAUUUAACAGAACAGAAAGAGGACUGGAGGUGAGGAACAAGCAUGGGGAAAUACAGGGGAGAACAAGAGGCUGCUGGUCAGUGCUGGUCUGGCCAAGCCCUGGGCCUGAGUGCACAUCUGCUCUGCUUUCUCCCCACAUUCUCUAUUUACUGGGCCAGUUCACUCUGCUCUGGGUACAGAACAGAACUCUGGGUUCACUCUGCUCUGGGUACAGAACAGAACUCUGGGUUCACUCUGCUCUGGGUACAGAACAGAACUCUGGGUUCACUCUGCUCUGGGUACAGAACAGAACGCUGCGUUCACUCUGCUCUGGGUACAGAACAGAACUCUGGGUUCACUCUGCUCUGGGUACAGAACAGAACGCUGCGUUCACUCUGCUCUGGGUACAGAACUCUCUGUGGAGAGCUGCUGGUAAAACUCAAGCUGGACUAGCCAGCAAAUAUGAAUCCAAAACGUGUGAAGACUCAAGAGGCGGCCCAGAGGCUGGAUGAAAGGCUUGGGUCUGACCCAAGAGCCGGUAAGAGCUGGCUGCUGGAGCAGAGGCUGGAGAGCUGCUGCAGGAGCACUGUGGGCUGAGGGAGGGAGGACGUGUGCCUUUCCCCAGCAAGCUGAACCCUGCUGAGCCAGAGGAGCUGGCUGUGCUCCUGCCCUGUGAGCACACCUGUGCUCAGGUGUGUACCUGUACGGGUACUGCCCCUGGGACCAGCUGCGUCUGCACCCUCCCCUGCUGACGGCUGCAGCCGGGAGCAGGGAAAGCAGCAGCUGUGUGUGCAGGGGACUGGGAAGGGAGGAUUCCUCGGGUCCUCUGAUGGUUAACAAAGGCAGCACGCAGGAGAGACUUGGCUCUUUGUUUUUAUCACCACACCAAGGCCAAACAUGCUCAUUGAGAGGGAGCAAGAUGAAUUUUAAGGUCUCUUCCAAGCCAAGCCUUGCUCUGACUGUAUGACACUGCACACACAGAGCUGCUGCAGCACUCCCAUUUCUCACAUCACCUCUGCUGUCUUCCUGUCCCUGACAGGAUGAGAGGGGUCAGACCAGCAGGGCACAGCAGUGCCUCCCUGGAGCAGGGCACAGGACUCCAGGAGUCAGGGCUGUCUCAAAUGUAACAGCCCCUGGAGCACUUCAGCCAGUAACUCUCCCCUGCCUGGAAUCCUGGGGGCUACCCAGCUUUUGGGGCAGCUAAUUUUCCAUGGCCUUUAUCUAGCUAGAGAGCGAGGCCAGCCAUGCAGCAUGGCUCUCUGAGUGACAUGGGGAAGGGACAGCGUCUGUCCUUCCCCUGCUCCACAUGUUUCUCUGUGUGCCAGGGAAUUAUAUUAUCCUGGCAAAUCUCUAAGGGGUCACACUGCAUCAUUAGGAUUCCACAUGUCACCCACCACUAUCCUACAUCUCCCCACAGUCAGUUUUCUUCUCAGUCUGAUCCCAAAAAAAUCAGCUGCCCUUAGCAACUGCUCCCAAUCCUGCAUCCUCCCUGCUGGAUUCCCAUCCCACAGCUCCAAGUCUCCAGCACCCCCAGCAGGUCCCUGCCCAGUGUCUUCCCCCCACAAAAUGACUCCCAAGAGACACAGGAACACAAAUGAGGCAUGUUGAGGGGUGUUAACUCAGGGGAGACCUAAAUGGGCUCUUCAAUCCCUGUGCUCAAAGCUCCCCUAAGAAAGUCAAAGGAGCAUUCCUAGUUCUUCUCCUGAGGAGGAGUCCAGGAGGAUUUAGAGCACAGGGGAAGAGCAGGAAGCUGUGCUGUAUUUAUUUUCUUAAGAAAACAGAAUUCUUUGGUAAAGUGAGAGCUGAGCAUGACCAUGAGAGCAUGGCUUUGGAAAUGGGCCCUGUACCCAGACAGGGUCCUCCCCUUCCCCAUGCAGAUACAGGCAACCUGCACCCACAUCCUAAAAACCAUGGCAUCGUAAAAGGUUUCCAAUAAAAAUGGGCAAUUGCUGCUUCCAAAGAGUGUGGUAAGCAGGCUUGGGAGUCCUGGGAGUAAUCCUGGGAGUGUUCUCCUGAAAGGUGGCAUGUUCCUGCACUCCUCAGAGGUGAGCAUGGGAUCUGAGCUUCGGCUCCUGCUCAGCACCAAUCCUCUAUGAGAGUGACACACAGCUCAGCACAGGGACCUGAGGGGAUCCCACUGGGGGUGUCAGGAAUGAUGACCAAACCUCCAUGGUCACACACAGCACAGGGAACAGAGGGGACCCUGCUGGGGUUGUCAGGAAUGAUGACCAAACCUCCAUGGUCACACACACCUCAGCACAGGUAGCCAUGGGGACCCUGCUGGGGGUGUCAGGAAUAAUGACAUCAAUGCCUCAGCCACAUCAAAAUCCAGCAGAGGCUCCAACUCUGUAAGCCCUGAAGUCACACAUCCCAUAAGGAAUCCACUGCAAGCUAUUACUAGGGAAUUAGAUCUGCUUUUCCUACGAAGCUGCCCAUGGAUAUAAAUAGAGCUGCUGAAGCAGGGUGGAGGCAGGUUUGACUUUUGAAUCUGUUCUAAGGUUUUGUGUCUCCUUUUUCCACAGGUUGAGCAAACCAUCCCCAAAUGAUGAGCCUCAGUACUGCCUCCGUACCAUGGAGCAUCAAAACAUGAGCAAAUCCAAAACAAUCCAGUCUAUCUGGCAUUAAUCAGGGUCAAGGCUGGAUUUCGGGCAGUGGGGAGCACUAGAAGGCAGUGAGAGAUGCCAUACCAAUUCAAGCUUCCUGACAAGACACCAGAGUCAGACCUGGGCCCAAGCUCCACUAAAAUGUGCCUGAGCAAACACGAGCCAGCCCCAGCCCAGGGAUAGAGCAGACAGAAGCCAGCACUGACGAGGCUGUAUCAGUGUUUACUCACGCCAGCGCUGGGGUAACACGUGCUCUUACCACAGCGCUGGGCCAGAAACCCACCACCAGCACCAGGAGCUGGAGGUUUGCCAGAGGCAGCAUGCGAGCGCGGGAAGAGGGUCAGGAGGCUGAGGAGAGGCUCCCGCAGAGGGGAGUGAGGACCAGGAGGCAGAGACACGAGGGUGGGCAGGCCCUGGCACAGGGUGCCCAGAGCAGCUGUGGCUGCCCCCGGAUCCCUGCAAGCAUUGAAGGCCAUGGCGGGCAGGGCUUGGAGCAACCCAGGAC